AUGGAAAUAGGGACCACGAACUGCGAUGGGGGUGAGCAGGAAUGGCUGCGGCCAGCUGUACCAGCUUCCAGACCGACCGCACCAACCGAGAGCAAGAGGACAAGCGUCCUCAAGCAUCGGACAUUUGCCCCAAAAAGCUUCGGGCGAAAUAAAGCUCCGUCAGGGGAAGGGGGGAAGGACGACAUUGAAAUCGCCAAAGACGACGAAAAUUUCCGCAACGGUCUCAAGAGAAACAUCAUCCACCUCUCCAACCUUACAAGGGUCAAUCAGGAACAGCUGGCUCGACUCCGUGAGCAGUUGAAAGCUAAGGACCAUGAGAUCGCCUCCUUGAAAGCCUUGAAAGAAAAUGUCAGACAGGAGGACCGGCAGCAAGAUCCUCCAGAAAAAGGCCCUGGUCCCUCCGAAAGAACGAACGCUGGAAGAUGCGGUCCGAGAAAGUUGGUCACCUACGGUAAAAUGGUUGUGACGGCCGGCAGGCUAGCAUCAGAACCCCGGCAGAGACCCGAAAAGGCCGUAGCGCAACCGUCGGAGAAAGAGACGCUGGAGACGGAGAGGGCGGUGGCUGCCAUGGGAGCCAAACACACCGAACAACAACUUCUGCGUGCUAGCCGAGAUGUUCGAGGGCAGCUGGAGCGCGCCCUUCAAGAGGCCGAAGCCCUUCGAGCCGACAACAUCGCAUUCAAAACCAGAGUCAACGUUGCAGAAAAGGAAAAGGCUCACCUAGAGACUCGCGUGGCUCUCCUGUCGGACGAAGUGAAACUCCAGAUUGCACCCCUCAAGGCGCUACAGCUAGAGCUAACGCAGACGAGAUCCGACACGGAGACGAUGCGGCAAAGGCUCAAGGAGGAACGCAGAGAGAGCAGGCUCAGGGUCAGCGACAGCGAUAAGGCUAAGAGCGAGGCCCAACAGCGGAUAGACCUGCUUGAGUUCGACCUUAAUGAGACCGCAAAGGCGUGCCAGCGGGAAAGCUUGAAGGCGUCGACGUUCGAGGGGAUGUACCAAGAAGCUUCCACGAUGGCCACGCUUCUCCAAGCAGAAGUAGAGCAGUGCAGAACAGACGCCAAAAUGAUAGCGCAGGAGCUUACGCGGAUGCAGAUCGAAAGCGAAAAAAGCAGCGCCUUGGUGGGCUUGACACCUUCCUUGGCCUUGUCCUCACCCGUUGACGUUGGAAGGGCUGUGGGUGGGGUUGACGGUAAAGAAGUGACGACAGGGAAAUUGGGGGAGGAGCAGGAGGCUGAAAUCGCAUCCCUGAAGAAGAUCAUUGCGCAGCUGGCAUCGGAGAAAUCAGACUCUGGCGACGCAAUGAAGAAUUUGUUAGAGGCGCAUCGUCGUGAGGGCGAGGAGAGAGAGCGGGCGUUCAAGGAGAUGCAGAAAAAAGCUGACUCCUUCGCUGAGGAGAACAUUGGCCUACGUGCAACCAUCGAAAAGCAAGAGGAAGAGAGCGAGAGGCAGCGAGUGGAAGAGGACGAGCGUCACGACCGCGACAUCAAACGGGAGAUUAUUUUGUCCCAGCAGAACCUGGACUCGGCGUCGUUGAGAGACAGGCUGUGCCGUACCGUGGACGAACUGUGCGGGGCGGAGGAGGCCGGGGAGCUAGUGCUGACUUGCCAGAGGUGCGCCAAGCUCUUCAAGGACCCUCACACCAUGGCACCUUGCGGGCACACCUUGUGCGCGGGUUGUUGUGCGGGCGGCGAUGGAGGCAUGUCAGCUGAGGACGGUACUGGAAGGGUGCCUGGGGGUAGCGGCGAGAGCCCAGGCUCGGUCACGCAUGCGGAGCCGGAGUGUUAUCUGUGUGGGCAGCAAGGUCGCGGGGCUACGGACAGAGUGGCUUGCGUCGGGAUGGCGCCGAACCGUGCGUUGGCGAGUGUGGUGAUGAAGUUUGCCUUCCGUCGCCAGCUUGUGCAAACCUUGAAGGAAAUAGGCGCUGCGUUAUCGGGACAAGGCUCCGUGAUCCUCGACAGCGUUGAUGGUGUGUGA